CUAAUGAAUGCGGUCUUAACAGUGAAUGCGUACCAAUAGCCGAUUGCCCCCUUCUCCGAGAUAAUUUCAAUUUAAUCAAAAGGAAACCGUACUGCAAUUUGGAUCGUCCCGGUGCACACGUCUGCUGUAGAAAAUCAUCACAAAGUUACAAGCAGUCGAAAAAUGUUGAUUUGCCUGCUGUAAGAGAAUGCAGAUCUUACAACAAUCUAACAAGUCUACAAAAUCGACUAGGAGAAGGAUGUAAUUGUACAUCUAACACGGUUGGUCGCGUAAAAGCGGAACCUAAAGAGCUCCCUUUCAUAGCACUAAUACACGCCAAAAGGGGAAACUUUGUUGCUAAACUUUGCACUGGUACGCUGAUUAGCAAAAAGUAUGUCUUAACAACCGCUCAUUGUUUCUUUGCUACUAAUAUCCCCAUUACCUGGGUGCGUUUAGGUGAAUUGGAUUAUCUUACUAAUACGAAUGAUGCUUUGCCGCAAGAUAUUGAAAUCAAAAAUGUGAUAACUCAUCACAAAUAUCACGUUAGUGAAUUAGCUGUCCAUCAUAAUGUUGCUUUGGUUGAAUUGGCAAAAGAGGCCGUCUUUAACGAUUACGUACGUCCUGCUUGUCUGUCGCUAGCAGAUGGUAAUGACUAUCAAGAAUUUUUGGGUGCCGGUUGGGGUUAUCCUCCCCUAGAACCGUCAUCCCAUUUAAAUAAAAUGAAAUUGAAUCGCCUCGAUUUCGAUAAAUGUGCUGAAAUAAUCCAGGGCGGUCGCUCGGGAAAAGGUAUUAACAAUCGUGCAAAUAUGUGUAUGAUCCCUUCGACUAGCAAUAUUAGCACUUGUGGUGGAGACGGUGGUGGCCCACUUUUUGUUAGCCAUCCGGAGUUUCCCUGUCAAUUUCUCGUAAUAGGCAUUGUGUCAUUCGGUCACACUGUUUGUGGAAAUAAAGACAAUCCAACUGUUUACACCAGAAUCAAUUUGUAUAUCGAUUGGAUACAACGCACCGUUUGGGGUUGAAUUAGGAAAAAAAAUAAUAAUUUACUUAGACGUAAUUUACUUGCACGUGCACAUUGAAAUGUAUUUUUGUAAAGGG